AUGGCGCGCCGAACGUACAACAUCGCCAUGGUCAGCGACUUCUUCUUCCCGCAGCCCGGCGGCGUCGAGUCGCACAUCUACCAGCUCUCCAGCAAGCUCAUCGACCGCGGCCACAAAGUCAUCAUCAUCACCCACGCCCACGAUGACCGCAAGGGCAUCCGCUACCUCACAAACGGCCUCAAGGUCUACCACGUGCCCUUCUUCGUCAUCUACCGCCACACCACCUUCCCCACCGUCUUCUCCUUUUUCCCCAUCCUGCGCAACAUUUGCAUCCGGGAGCGCAUCGAGAUUGUCCAUGGCCAUGGCAGCCUCAGCAGCCUGUGUCAUGAGGGCAUCUUGCACGCCAGGACCAUGGGGCUGAGGACCGUCUUUACCGAUCACUCGCUCUUUGGCUUUGCAGAUGCUGCUAGCAUCUUGACCAACAAGCUGCUCAAGUUUACCCUGAGCGACGUUGAUCACAGCAUAUGUGUGAGCCACACGUGCAAAGAAAACACCGUCCUCCGCGCCUCCCUCGACCCCCUCAUGGUCUCCGUAAUCCCCAACGCCGUCGUCGCCGAAAACUUCCGCCCCCGCGACUAUCCCUCGUCUCCCGCCACGGGCUUCGCUUCGGACCCGCCCCCCAACCGCCUCGGCCCCAACGACAUGAUCACCAUCAUCGUCAUCUCGCGCCUCUUCUACAACAAGGGUACCGACCUCCUCACCGCCGCCAUCCCGCGCAUCCUCGAGAACCACCCCAACACGCGCUUCGUCAUCGCCGGAUCCGGCCCCAAGGCUAUUGACCUCGAGCAGAUGAUCGAGACCAACGUGCUACAGGAUCGCGUCGAGAUGCUCGGCCCCAUCCGCCACGAGGACGUCCGCGACGUUAUGAUCCGCGGCCACAUCUACCUCCACCCCUCCCUGACCGAGGCCUUUGGCACCGUCAUCGUCGAGGCGGCCAGCUGCGGCCUGUACGUCGUCUGCACCCAGGUCGGCGGCAUCCCCGAGGUCCUCCCCUCCCACAUGACAACCUUUGCCAAGCCCGAGGAGGACGACCUCGUCCUAGCCACCGGCAAGGCCAUCACCGCCGUCCGCGCCGGCAAGGUGCGCACCGAGCGCUUUCACGAUCAGGUCAAGAAGAUGUACUCGUGGGCAAACGUGGCCCUCCGCACCGAGCGUGUCUAUGACGGCGUCACCGGCACCAUCCCCGAGGAGGCCUUUUACGGCUUCGACACAGGCGGCUACAAUGGCAGCCGCGUCCGCAACUUUGCCCUCAUAGACCGCCUCAAGCGCUACUACGGCUGCGGCAUAUGGGCUGGCAAGCUGUUUUGCCUCUGCGUCGUCAUCGACUACCUUUUCUUUCUCUUCCUCGAGUGGUAUUUUCCCAGGGAAAACAUCGACAUUUGUCCAGACUGGCCGCGCAAGACUCUCGUCACGCACACCAAGAAGGGCGGGAGGAGUAAUUGCUCUAGCGGAUCGCACGGAGCCUCCAAGUUAGAUUAA